AUGCCUCAUAACUUGUCAAAGACUCCGUUAGCAAAGUACAUCCAUCCACCGGAAACGGGGGAGAAUCUGGCGUACGCUGAUCUCAUUACGCUUGAUCUUUCCGAAUAUGACAAGCCGGGAGGAAAGCAAAGGCUAGUUGAGCAACUUGGAGAAGCGAUACACACUACCGGCUUCUUCUACAUUACCAAUAUCGGCCUCACCCAAUUUCAGAUCGACCAACAAUUCGCCAUUGCAAAAGCCUUCUUCGCCCUCUCCUCCUCCGAAAAGAUCCGAUUUCGCGCACCUCUCGAAGAUGGCAACUACAACGGUUACCGCCCCCUCGGCUCCGUCGAGAUCCUCCCCGGCCUUCACGAUAACCUAGAAUUCUACAACGUCUUCAAGUUCAUCCCCCAGACACAGCGAACGCAACCUCAAGUCAUACGCGACUACGCCUCGCAAAUCGAACAGCUUCAGCGACACAUGCACGAAGACGUUACCUACAAACUCCUCCGCCUCAUUGCCUUGAUACUAGAGCUGCCGGAAGACACAUUCGUCAAGGGCCACCUGUACGAGGCAAACUGCGACAGCUCCCUCCGGUACAUGAUGUACCGCGCGAGGACAGAGGCAGAAAACAAAAAGUAUAAAGAUUUGUACUUGCGCGGACACUCGGACAACGGGACAUUGACGUACGUCUUCCGGCAAGCGGUUGCUGCGUUGCAGGUGAAACUUACGCAGGAUUCGGACUGGGAGUACUUGCGGAUUCCAGAGGAUAAGGUUGCUGUAAAUAUUGGCGAUAUUCUGGAGUUUUUGUCAAACGGCUACAUCAAGAGCGGGAUUCACAAAGUGGUCGCUCCGCCAGGUGACCAGGCGUGCAUGGAUCGCCUGGGGCUGUUGUAUUUUGUGCGCCCGAGUGAUGAUUUGCCACUGAAGACGCUAGAUAACGAGUUUCUGAGGACGGCGGGAUAUGGCAAGAAGGGAUCCGAAAGAGACUUGGACAUCUCGGCGUCGGAGUGGGUUAGGGCGAGGGUGAGGAAGAACUGGAAGGGAUCGGUGAGAGAGGGCGUUGAUACUAGGGAAGGGUUUUUGACAAAGGUGUUUUAUUCCUGA